AUGAACCCGGACAGCAGCAUGGACCACUCCAUGCAGGAUGAUAUUGAACGACCGGCGAAGAGACCAUGUAUAUCAUAUACCCCCGACGAUGAAGAGGUCCCCGCAGAUUUUGAUCUUCCUGCCGCACGCGCGCAGAAUGACUCGCGACUGAAGUCUCUUUUCGAAGGCAUUUUCGCAAAAUAUAGCCAGGACUUCACCGGCGUUGGCGACGAGAUUGACCUGCAGACCGGGGAUAUAGUGGUCGACAAUGGACAUCUCCUGGGCAUGCGGGACGAGGGCGACGGCGGAGAUCAUCCACGAUCAUGGCUCUCCCAGGCUGAAAUGGAUAGGCCGGAAGAUCCUGAUGCAGACGAUGACACCGAGACAAGGGGAGAGGAAGAUGAGUUCUUCUCUAUGGCAUCAUCUCCUAGUCGUCGUUCCCCAGAUGCUCCACGCGAAGAGUCGCCAUCGAAACAGCUACAGACGGACAUCGAUACCUCUUUGGAUUUCGUGUUUACUUUUAAAGCAUCAGGCACUGCCGGGCUGAGUCCUACAACCAAGGAGGAGCCUACCUCCCAUUCUACAAACCCAAUCACAGUUUCCAAACCGCAAGAUCCAUUGUGGGCAGUACCAGAUUUGCCCCCUUCCUUUUCAACACCCACCACUGAGACCCGCAAGUCAAACGUGGGCUUCUCCCCGCCUGUGAGAUCUUCAUCCCCACCAGGGAGCGGCUCCGUCUGGGCUGUGCGCAAGCCUCGCAGACCACGCACCGAAACGAAACCCAAAGCUACGCCGAGUAAGCGCCGGCCGGCUGCGAAGCGCAAAUACCAUUCCAGCCCUGUGACGCAUGACUGGUCUUUUGCGGCAGUACCUGAUGGGAACGAGUCCGACGACCCCUUGCAGGACUAUGAGCCAUCACCGACACCAUCAAAAAUAAAAAUUAUCCGCGGGAGGCGCCACAUUCCGACGAAAGAGAAUGAUGGUCCAUCUAGUUGUACUCCUUUGAAGGGGCCAAAUUUCGUCAUUGAAGUCGGUGAUCAGGUCGGCGAUCAAGUCGGUGAUCAAAUCGGCGAUCAAGUCGAUAAUCGAGUCGAUGCGCUAGUGGAUGAACCUGCCGACACGCUAGUUGAUGAUCCAGACCAUGAUCCGGUUUAUGCGCUAGUCGAUACGCCAGUCAAUGAUUCAGUCGAUGAUUCAGUUGAUGAUCCGGUCGAUAAUCAGGUUCUUGAACUAGUCGAUGGGCAAGACAAUGACCAAGACAAUGACCCAGACAAUGGCAUAGACGAUGGGUGCAAAACGUGUGAUCAAAACCUUAAGGUGCAUGAUGCACACCAUGAGGAGUGUGACAGAUCGAGCAAUCAAAUAGACGAAGUGCUCGAACCAUGCCUCGGAGAGGAGAACUGCGAACCGAGCCACCAAGAACAUGGAGUGCUCAAGGAACAAGAACAACUGCGAGGCGGCAGUGGUGCAAGUGAUCGCGAAAACGAAACACCUGAAAUAGGAUACAAAAAACAAGUUCCAUUUAUCCCUACGGUACAAGGGGAUUCAACCCCUAAGGCAAUGCCCAGCACCCCGGGCCCAUCGCCGCACCACAUGGAAUUCACCCCAAGCAAAAGAUGGCCCAUCACACCCGACGAGGCAAAAUUGAUCAACGCGAGUACCAGACUGUUUGGCACUGGUUCUAUAGCCACUGGACCCGCCGCCUGGCCAACCCGCCCCCCGCUUUCCGCAGCCUGGACACAGCCUGAACUGGCAGCUCUGGCCAGACUCAGCACCCAAUCGGAUCUUACCUGGGGUCAGAUACAAACUCGUUUCAAAGGUCGAUCGCGACAUGAGGUUGAAUUUGAGCUGCUGCGUGCUUUUGUUGGGGAGGGAUAUACCUCUACAAUGAUCGGAGUCAUGGAGGAACAGGCGGACUCAGAAGACCAAGAAGAAACGGAUAACGAGAUAAAAGAUGAACCAGAAUCUGAUCCAGCCUUGCAGGAAGUCAAAGAUGAGACAAGGCACACUGCUCAGGAAGACCUUGAGCAGCUUCGCAUUCAAGGAUGA